UCUCCUUCCCCCUCCCCCAAAUUCUCCUCUCGCCGGAACCCUAGCGGGGGCGGCGAUCGAUCGAGCGGCGGUCGCAUUGGGCGCGCCGCCGAUGGCGACCCACGCCCCCAAGGGCUACCUCUGCGCGGGGAGCUCGUCGUUCGAUGAUCCCGACGUGGUCGAACUGACACCGGCGGCGGCCGCGGCAUCGGCGGGGGGGUGGAGCUCCGGGGGCCACCAGAAGCGGAAGCGGGGUCAGGUUGUUCCUCAUGAAGUAAUUGAACUUGAUGGCGAUGACGAUCCUGAUGGAGUUGUAAUUAUUAGUGAAAAAUCAUCAGUUGAUAAGAAUAAGCAAGCUGUUGGAUAUCCUAUAGACUGGCUAAAGCAUGCGAAUAGUAGUUUGGCUGGUGAAAUUGCUGGGCCAAGUACCUAUACGCCAAAAAACCCUGAUAUAUUAUUUGGUGGCCUUAAAAUAUUUCAAGAGAACCCAGUUUACAACAGUACUGAUGAAUACACUUAUGAGCCAUUUGAAGAAGAUUAUGCUUAUGAUGAAGAUGAGUACGAUGAUUUUGAUUAUGAUAGCGCAGUUUAUGAAAGUGAAUAUAACUUCAGUUUGGCUGCCAAGUUUGAUGAUCUGGAUAUCCCUCCUGGUGUGGAGGCCUCUUUACCGUGGCUGCGGAGGACUGCAGAGGAGAUGACAAAUAAGACCAAACCUGUGAACAUUUUGGAUGAUAGAGUUGAUGAAAAAUACAAUGCAUUUAAGCAAUUUGAUACUGUUGAUGAUCACAGCGAUCAUUAUUAUUCAAAGCCAGAGUUAAGAAAGGUUCAUGUAGUUAAAAAGCCUUCAAAAGAAUGGGCAAAGCGUAUUCAGCAUGAGUGGAAAGUUCUAGAAAAAGAUUUACCAGAUACUAUAUUCGUGAGGGCCUAUGAGGAUAGAAUGGACCUGCUUAGAGCUAUUAUUAUGGGACCAGCAGGCACUCCCUAUCAUGACGGUCUCUUCUUCUUUGACAUCUACUUUCCUCCUCUUUAUCCAAGUGUGCCUCCACUGGUGAACUAUCGAUCUGGUGGGUUGCGGCUUAAUCCAAACUUGUAUGCUUGUGGGAAGGUGUGCCUUAGCCUCUUGAACACCUGGUCUGGUAGCGGGUGUGAGAUGUGGAAUCCGUCCAAUUCAACAAUGCUACAGGUCCUGGUCUCAAUUCAGGCUUUGGUGUUGAAUGCCAAACCUUAUUUCAAUGAGCCUGGAUAUGCCAAACAUGCUAACACACCUCAUGGGGAGAGGAGUUCAUUAACUUACAAUGAAGAUACUUUCCUGCUAUCCUGCAGGACAAUGUUGUAUUCUCUGCGAAAUCCACCAAAGCAUUUUGAGGAUUUUAUUGCUGGUCAUUUCCGCAAGUAUGGCCACAGCAUCCUGAUAGCUUGCAGAGCCUACCUUGACGGCGCCCAAGUUGGGUGUCUUGUUGGCAAUGGAGUGCAGGAUGUCGAUGAGGGUGACAAGAGCUGCUCAGCGAGGUUUAAGACCGCGCUGAAAAGAUUAUUUGAGGAACUUCUCAUGGAGUUCACUGUCAAGGGAGCAGACUGUGACAAAUUCCUAGCUGAGAAGGCGAAGAAAUCCACGGCUUCUAGAGCUCCAGCAGACACUACACUGAGGCUAUCAGAAGUGGAGAUCAAGUGGAGAUCUCACUCCGCCUCCCAAAUGGCGCCACCGCGUGGCGAUCCAAACCCUAACCCUCUCCUGCUCGUCGCCGUACUCCUGCUGAUCCCGGCUACGGCGGCGGCGGCGGCGGCCUACUCGGAUCACUGCCACGGCCUCCCCUCCGCGCCGGACCUCGCCGGCGGCGGCGGCGGGGGAGGCGCUGACCCGGCCCCGGUGCUCCGCUCCCUCCAGCUCCCCACCGGAUACUUCUCCGGCGGCGGGACGCGGCUCUUCGGCCCCGACGCCUCCCCCCCGCCCCGCUCCUUCUCGUUCCUCCCUUCCUCCGUCGUGCGCACGACCGACGCCUCCCUCCUCCACGUCUCCGCCAUGCUCACCAUGUCAGGCGGCCGCAGGAGGCCGCCAUUCGGGGGGCGCCACCGCCUCUUCGAGUACGACAGCCAGGCGCCACGGUUCCGGCCCCGCCUCCCGCGCUUCGUCGGCCGCCGGGGCUCCAUCACGUUCGGCCUGGAAGGGUACUACUCGUCGGCCUCGGGGGAGCUCUGCAUGGUCGGAACAGGCUCCGGCCGCACCGCCGACGGCACGGCGGUGAACCUCUUCUCUGCCGUGCUCCGCGUCCGCUACCCCGGCCGCGCCAACCUGACGCGCCCCUUCGUCACCGGCAGCCUCGAGAGCACCGACUCCCCCGGCUUCUUCGAGCCAGUUUCUCUCGUCGCUUACGCCGAGGAGGGCUACUCGUACGCGGAGAGCGCCUCCUGCCCGCCGUCGCCCACCGGUAGGCUCGACGCCCUCCAGCUGUUCGAAGGUAGGAAGUUCUCAUGUGCCCACCUCAGUUCGCUCUUCAAGGCGCCAUUCAGGUUGGAUUACAGCAAUGGCAGCGAGUCAACCGCUUCCUCCCUGGGGAUUCACCAGACGUUCAUGUUUAUCAACCGGAUGCGAUGCGCCGAUGAUGGCGCCGUGCGAGCAUAUGUGGUGUUUUCGAACCAGAAAGAUGCAUCAUCAUACUACUUUAUGCUUGGUGAGAAGGCCAUGGUUGUGGAGGGUUUCUGGGACGAGAAGAGGAGUAGACUGUGUCUGAAAGGAUGUUACGUUGUGAAUUCGGGACCCUCCCGUGCGGAUUUGGCGGUUGGCGAGUGUGGGAUAGGGAUGAGCUUCUGGUUCCCAGCAGUGUGGUCACUACAGGAACGGAGCUUUUCUGCAGGGUUGGUAUGGAAUGCGAGCCUGAAGAGUGGUGAGGCCAUAGCUGCAAGCUCCAGUACAAUACCUCCAUACUUUAGGGGCAGUCUUUUGGGUCUGAAGUAUAACUACACCAAGGUUGAUGAGGCAAGGAAGUAUUAUGAGAACUAUGGUUUGAACAAGAAGAGAAAGGGUAAGUUCCCUGAUAGCAAUUCAUAUCGGGACUUAACAUUCAGGUUCUUCUUGCAGAAAGGAGGGGGUUCUGGAUAUGCGUCACCAGUCACAAUUGGGUCAAUGUUAUAUGAUGGGAAUUCGUUGGUUUCUCCAGACCAUUUCUUAGAUAAAAUGACGGAGACAAAUCAAAGGUUGCUUAAUGUCAGCUAUGACAUUCACUAUGUUGGGAAUUGGUCGUUAGAAACAUUUCGUCGUCAGCAUAUCUCGGCAGAGGGUGUUUAUGAUGCUAAGACAGGCUCCUUGUGUAUGAUUGCUUGUCGGGUGGUUAAUAUCUCGUCGGACUGUGAAAUUCUUGUAACUGCUCAGUUUUCCUCUUUGGAUGCAAAAGUAGCACAGCACGUGAAGGGAACAAUUAGAAGCUUGAGGAAGAAGACUGACCCUCUUUUCUUUGAACCUCUGGACAUUGCUUCGUAUGGGUUGUACAUUGACCAAGUGGAUGAGUCGAUAUGGAGAAUGGACUUGGAAAGCACCAUGGCACUGAUCUCAAUGACACUAUCCUGUUUGUUCAUUGUUGUGCAGCUGUUUCAUGUCAAGAAGGUUCCUGAAGCGCUUCCUGCAAUGUCAAUCACCAUGCUUGUAGUUCUCUCUUUGGGUUACAUGAUACCUCUUGUACUGAACUUUGAGGCCCUCUUCAAGAACAGCAACAAACAGACUGUUCCACUUUCAGGUGGUGGUUGGCUUGAGGUUAAUGAAGUUAUGGUGCGAAUCGUUACUAUGGUAACCUUUCUGCUUCAGUUACGGCUUCUUCAGUUAGCAUGGUCUGCACGUUCUGCAGAUGUUAGCAAAGAUCAGUCAUGGGCUGCUGAGAAGAAAGUGAUCUGGAUAUGCUUGCCGUUGUACAUUAUAGGUGCAGUUGUAACUUGGGCUGUUCACAUGAGAUCUAACAGCAACCGAAGGAUGCUUAGAAAAAUUGCUCGCUUACCCCGGGUUAAUAGACAUGCAUUCUGGGAGGACCUUGUGUCAUAUGGGGGAUUAAUACUUGAUGGGUUCUUGCUCCCUCAGAUUAUCUUGAAUGCAUGCUCAGGCUCCAAAGUAAAAGCACUGUCCACAGGAUUUUACAUUGGAAGCACCUUAAUUCGUGCACUACCUCAUGUAUAUGAUGUGUUCAGGGCUAAUCAUUUUGUGCCCAGCUUGAGACCAACUUACAGGUAUGCAAACCCUCAUGAUGAUCUCUUCAGCCUCGCAUGGGACAUUGCCAUACCAUGUGGAGCAAUACUGUUGUCGGUUCUUCUGUACUUUCAGCAGCGUCUUGGAGGUGCUUUCUUCCUUUGUUCGAAGAACAGGAAGUCAAGUGAAUAUGAAAUGGUUUCAACAGUCAGCUCCUAAGUAUUUAACAAGUUUUACAUCCGUGCAAGAGAAAUGAAAUGGUUUCAACAGUCAGCUCUCAAGUCUUUAACAAGUUUUACAUCCGUGCAAGAGAAAUGUAGAGAAGGAUUACAUAGGCUAAGAAAUAGGUGCUUCGUAUCAUGGUCAAUGUUUGCUUUUACAUACUUGCCUGGUUGAAGCAAAUUUACAUAUGAAAGAAGAUAAUUCUGGUUGGGCAUUCAGCGAUAAUGUUAAAUGUGCUCAAUUCCUUUCUCUGCAUUUACAAUUACACUUGUCAUUAUUGUGGCAUUCAGAGGAAGACGGGGUGAAUCUGUCCCAUGAGAGCUUCAUCUACUCAUCUGCGUGAAGUUAUGGCUGGAUAGUGAUUUUUGGGUAGUCAUUGCAUAUCUUAUUCAGUUGCCCGGGUUGGUACGAUUCACGGGCCAUGUGAUGCAUAUUCAAUUCGGUGUUUCACUGCUCACCAAGUGACCAUUGAUUUAUUUGCCGUUGCCUGUACGUUGCAAAUUUGUAAUGCGGUACUGAGUAUAAAUAUAAGUGUUGAAAGCAACAACGUUUGUUAGAACCUAGAAGCUUGAAAGUACUUUACGCUCGC